UAAGAAAAAACGCGUCUUCAUCUUGUCUAGUCGAGAAAUAUACAUAUCAAAAUUAGGGGAGAAAGCAAAAGCGAGGAGAAAGGAUGUUUCCGGUUGAUCUAGCUGUUCCCCUUUCCAACCGGAGAAAAAGAAGAAGAAGAAGAAGAAGUGAAUAGAGAUGGAUGGAUGAGUGUCGAUACAAUUCGUUUAUUGAGGGAGGGGCAGGUGCUAACGUGCGACUUUUUCCAUUCGGAAUUGGAUUGGUUUCUCUCUCCUAUUCGAUCGAUAGGUGGAUAGAUGGAUAGAUGGAAUUAGGGUUUAGAGGAGGGCUCGUUAUAUUUUAUUUAUUUCUUUAUCCAUAGACUUCUCUCUCUCUCUCUCUCUCUCUCUCUCUCCAACUCCAGUUGGAUCUGAAGAUGGAAUCAGAACAGGAGGAAUCAUCCAAUGUCAAAGGAGAGAGUCUAAUGCUUUAGCAAUGUCCUUGGCCUUUGCAGGCCCUUCACUUGACGUUCCUGAUUCCAGCGUUGGUAAUAUGUUGGUGCUGAUGAAAUGGGUGUCUAAGGCUGGUGGAAAUGCAAUGAAAUGAAAUGAUGAUCAACUGGAUUUGACCUAAUCAUUAUGGAAUGUAAUGGCAGCAGUCCCUUGGGAAGAGGAGAUCAUGGGAACAAUCUCCUAGAUCGAAGCAAAGUUAGGAUUCUGCUCUGCGACAAUGAUUGUAAGAGCUUACAAGAAGUUUUGGCUCUUCUCUGCAAGUGCUCCUAUCAAGUAACUCCUGUGAGGACUGCCAGACAGGUGAUCGAUGCACUUAAUGCAGAGGGACCAGAAAUCGACAUCAUACUCGCCGAAAUUGACCUUCCGAUAGCCAAAGGCUUGAAGAUGUUGAAGUACAUCAUGCGGGAUAAAGUGCUGCGGCGGAUUCCCAUCAUCAUCAUGUCUUCUCAGGAUGAGGUUUCAGUAGUCGUCAAGUGCUUGAGGCUUGGAGCAGCUGACUAUCUUGUGAAGCCUUUACGUACUAAUGAGCUGUUGAACUUGUGGACUCACAUGUGGAGAAGAAGGCGCAUGCUUGGACUGGCAGAGAAGAACAUCUUGAGUCGCGACUUUGAUUUGGUAGCAUCUGACCCCAGUGAUGCCAAUACAAACAGCACCACCCUGUUCUCAGACGACACGGAUGAAAAGUCACGUAGGAGCGCACUUCCAGAGGCCAGCAUGUCAAAUCAUCCAGAACACGAGUCUAAUGUCUCUGCUUCUGUGGAUCCUUCACUCUGUAAUUUGUCAGAACUCCAUCGUAAUGUGUUGGUUCUUAGUGACCGAUUGGGAGGAAUUUCAUCAUGCCCAAAGAAGAGUGAACUCAAGGUUGGGGAGUGUUCAGCAUUCUUUACAUAUGUGAAGUCAAGUGUGCCAACAAACAACCAUCCUAGAUUUGGUUGUGUAGAUGAAAAUGUGGCUCCAUCAAAACAGUUAAUCACCAAAGAGAAACUUCCUUUGUCAUGCACGCAAGUAGGUGAUACUGAAGGCCGCAAUAGCAGAGAAGAAUGGGAAAACUACUCUCAUGGAAGUAGUUUCUUGGGCGGUGAGAAUAUUCCCACAUUCAGCACUUUGGAGAGGUCUUCUAGUGCGCCUGUGCCUCUGUACUAUCCACAAGGAUGGAACUUUUCCCAGGAACAACUCUCAACAUCAUGUUUGCAUCCGAGCAAUGAAAGCCAAGUUGAAGUUCCACAUAUUCCAUCUCUCACUCCUUUGCCAUUUUAUUUGCCGGGAAUGAUGAAUCAAGUCAUGAUGCCAUCAUCUGGGCAACUGUAUCAAGGAAGCCUGCAUGAAGCACCAAAGUGCACAACCCCAGCCAUGCUUCCUCAAUAUAAUGCUCUUCCACAGUGUCCUCAUUUACCUAUGAUGACACCCUUUUCUUAUUACCCAGUCAAUGCCAAUUUGCAACCAGGUCAAAUGCAUAGACCUUACCUGUGGCCAUCCAUUGCAAGCUCAUCUUCAGCUGAAGUGAAAUCUGUUCGAGUUGAACGAAGAGAGGCAGCGUUGAUGAAGUUUAGGCAGAAGAGGAAAGACCGAUGUUUUGACAAAAAGAUCAGGUAUGUCAAUCGAAAGCGACUUGCGGAAAGGAGGCCUCGACUUCGAGGGCAAUUUGUGAGACAGGUGAAUGAUGUUGAUGUUGAUCAUAAUGGACUCAUUGCUGAUGAUUCUGAUGAGGAUGAAGAAGAGGGUGAAGAUGAGGAGGAAGAUGCUUUGGAAUUCUGAUCGGAUUUUGGUUGCAUUGGUAUCUUGAUAUAUAAACUGUGAAAGAGCACUUUUCAUAUAUAUUUUAUGCUGUAUAUUUUGGUAGCCGACGGCCAUUUUUGUCUCUGUAGAUACACUGAAUUAUCAUUGUUGCGCAUCCACACCAUCUUGUUCUGCAAUUUAGCACAGAUGAAUGCUAAUUCUGGACACUUUUCCAUUUGUGUAAUCUCAUUAUCUCAGCAAUACGUACAGUUUGAUUUGGGAAGCUUAUUUUUCUUGCUAUUGAAGCUUCCUUCAUUAGCUAUUUUGCAUACGAAAUUGUAGUUGUAUUAUCUAAAGAUAAAAUUACGACUUCUUUUAUGAUUUGAAGAAAACUGCCUCUAAUCGUUUUUUUGGUUGAACUUUUUUUC